AUGUGGUUCUUGGUCGUAUCUUGGUUGUUUGCUCCUUUCCUCUUCAAUCCUUCGGGAUUUGAGUGGCAGAAGAUAGUGGACGACUGGGAUGACUGGACAAAAUGGAUUAGUAGCCGAGGUGGUAUUGGUGUUCCGGCGACUAAGAGCUGGGAGUCAUGGUGGGAUGAAGAGCAAGAGCACCUGCAGUACACUGGGUGGUUAGGACGGUUCUGGGAGGUCAUUCUCGCUCUCUGGUUCUUCGUUUACCAGUAUGGUAUCGUCUAUCAUCUCCAUGUAUCCCAAGGGAGCAAGAGCAUCAUCAUAUAUGGCCUCUCGUGGCUCGUGAUUGUUGCUGUGAUGAUCAUCCUGAAGAUAGCACAAGCGUGGAGGCCAUUGGUGAAGGGUCCGGGGAUGUGGGGAUCAGUGAAAGCACUCCGGAGAGGGUACGAUUACUUGAUAGGGCUUGUGAUCUUCACUCCCCUGGCAGUCCUUGCUUGGUUCCCCUUCGUGUCCGAGAUCUAG